UAUAUAUUUUUAUUCAACAGAGACCCCCCCCCCCGGGAAUAAGACAGAACAACAAUGGGUCUGUUUGAUAAACUAGCUGGCUGGUUGGGGCUGAAGAAGAAGGAAGUGAAUGUUCUGUGUCUGGGAUUGGACAACAGCGGCAAGACCACUAUCAUCAACCAACUCAAACCGUCCAAUGCCCAGACACAAGACAUCGUCCCGACCAUUGGCUUCAGCAUCGAGAAGUUCAAGACAUCAAGUCUCUCCUUCACAGUGUUCGACAUGUCUGGCCAAGGGCGGUACAGAAACCUCUGGGAACAUUACUACAAGGAGGGUCAAGCCAUCAUCUUUGUGGUGGACAGUGGAGACAAGUUGAGGAUGGUGGUCGCUAAAGAGGAACUGGACACCCUCCUGAACCACCCAGGUGAAUCAUCUUCCUCAUUAUACCCUCCUGAACCACCCAGAUGUAAAGCACCGGAGGAUCCCCCUGCUGUUCUUUGCCAACAAGAUGGACGUGAGAGACGCCCUGUCUUCAGUCAAGGUCUCCCAGCUCCUCUGUCUGGAGAACAUCAAGGACAAGCCCUGGCACAUCUGUGCCAGCGAUGCUGUGAAAGGGGAAGGUUUACCUGAAGGCGUCGAUUGGCUGCAAGAUCAAAUCAGAACGAUGAGAACCUGAGAGGUUGAGAGAACGACGAGGACUGGGUAGGG